AUGACACAACAAAAACCCACAUACACGCUCUGCACCGUGAAUAAAGUGCCUGCGCGCGCAAAGGUGUUGAUUGGACGGUUUAUCGAGGAGCAGAAAGAGGAGUGUAGUAUUAGUUAUCUGGCGAAUUGUGAGAGGAUCGAAGAAGUUCAGUCCAUGCUUCUAAAACAUAACCCAGAUAUCCUCUUCAUCGCAAGUAUGUGGACACCCACCGAAUCCACCGAGAUCAUGCGGAUUGCGAGAGAGACGAAUCCCGGGAUCAAGGGGUUGGCGAUCCCGUUUGGGUUGCAGGUUGAGAAGGGCCCGGAUGCUGUGGUGGAGUUUUUGGGGAGGGGUGGAGGGGUUGGUUGA